AUCUUUUUUAAAUGCAUGAUUCACUGUCCAUUUCAAAGGAAGAAGAAGAUACUCUCUUAGAAAGUUUUAAUCAUGGGCCUGGCAGUAUGCUCUUCUCAAGUCUCCCAACAACUCUAGAAGAGAGAGACUGUAGUCAUCUUUGAAGCACUGCCAACAUGUCUGAUGUUCAAGAAGCCACUAAGCAGCUCUUGGAUGUGAACCUUCAUGAGAACUGGAGGGCUAUACAAGUGACAGAAAGUGAUCCCAGAAGUGAGUCUGAGCACCUCCAAGUCACUAUUGGAGCCACUGUACCUACUGGUUUUGAGCAAACAGCUGCAGAUGAAGUGAGAGAGAAAUUGGGGUCAUCAUGCAAAAUCAGCAAAGACCGGGGCAAGAUAUAUUUUGACAUUUCAGUGGAAAGUCUGGCUCAGGUUCAUUGUCUGAGAUCAGUUGAUAACUUAUUUGUGGUUGUUAAGGAGUUUAAAGAUUACCAGUUCAAAGAAACAAAGGAAGAAGUUCUCAAGGAUUUUGAAGAACUGGCUGGGAAGCUUCCAUGGUCAGACCCUUUAAAAGUAUGGAAAAUUAACACCAGUUUCAAGAAAAAAAAAACAAAGCGCAAAAAGAUAAAUCAGAAUUCAGGUAGAGAAAAGAUUGAUAAUGGACAAGGAGACAAAACAGAUGAGAAAGAGGAUAAAAAAGGAUUCACUAAUAAUACCUUAGAUUCCCAUAUCUUAGACUAUUAUGAAAAUCCAGCCAUCAAAGAAGAGAUAUCAACAUUAGUAGGUGAUGAUUUGGCAUCUUCCAAAGACGAGAAGGAUGAAAAAGAAGAAACUCAUCCUAAAGUGCUGAAGUUUAGAGUCACAUGCAACCGGGCUGGAGAGAAACAUUGCUUUUCCUCAAAUGAGGCUGCAAGAGAUUUUGGGGGUGCUGUUCAAGAUUACUUUAAGUGGAAGGCUGACAUGACCAACUUUGAUGUGGAGGUUCUUUUGAACAUCCAUGAUAAUGAAAUUGUUGUGGGCAUUGCAUUGACAGAAGAGAGUCUCCACCGAAGAAAUAUCACACAUUUUGGACCUACAACUCUUAGAUCUACUCUUGCCUAUGGGAUGCUUAGGCUCUGUGCUCCUCAACCUGCUGAUAUAAUAGUUGAUCCGAUGUGUGGAACGGGAGCAAUACCAAUAGAGGGGGCUACUGAAUGGUCUAACUGUUAUCAUAUUGCUGGUGAUAAUAAUCCGUUGGCUGUGAAUAGAGCAGCAAAUAACAUCUCAUCUUUAUUGACCAAGAGCCAAAUUAAAGAAGGCAAAGUGUCCUGGAGCUUGCCCAUAGAUGCUGUUCAGUGGGAUAUCUGCAAUCUGCCAUUGAGAACUGGCUCUGUGGACAUUAUCGUGACAGACAUGCCAUUUGGAAAAAGGAUGGGCUCCAAGAAGAGAAACUGGAACCUUUAUCCAGCUUGCCUACGGGAGAUGAGCCGUGUCUGUAAACCAGGGACAGGCCGAGCUGCACUACUUACUCAGGACAAGAAAUGCUUUACCAAGGCAUUAUCUGGACUGGGACAUGUUUGGCGGAAGGCACAUACUGUCUGGGUGAACAUAGGGGGUCUUCAUGCAGCAGUUUAUCUUCUGAAACGUACACCUCAAGCUUUUGUUCAUCCUUCAGAACAAGAUGGGGAAAGAACUCCUUGGUGAUGCAAAGAAUGAAGAUGGUUAAUGGUAUUUGUGCCUCCCAACACUGGGAAUGUCAGCAUGAAGAACUUGGUUUGAAAGAAAAAUACUGUUAAUAAAAUUGCAGUUUGCAGUUUAAACUGGUCUAAAGCUCUUCACCUCUGUUAGUAAAAGGUCUGAAUGGAAUUGAAGUUCUUAAGCAGAGCUCUGGAGAUAUUUUGGAAGGACUGGCUGGGCAAUUACUACUUAAAUGCUUUCAAGAUCCUAAGCCUACUAAAAUGCUCUGGGAUUUGGGUUUUGAGUAUGUUUUCAGGUUUCAUAGCAGUUCCUUUUUUCCACUGUAGCAGGUAGAAAGCUACCCUGGCCUGAAGGAAAGGAAGAGAACAUAAUCAAAACAUUUUGGGCCAUAUUGCAUUCAGCUUUGCUCUUCAUAGUUUCUCAAGUCGGCUUUACCUCACCCUUAAUAAAACGAAGCACUGUAUUUUGUGAAUAGUGUUUGCCCCAUGACAAGAUGAAGUCUCACAAGACCAACUGGAAAGUUUACCAUCUGCCUUAAAAAUUAAAAUAUGCAUGUUAUUAAAAUUAAUGUAUAAAACUAAAAUAGAGGACUAGGAUUGAUCAAAGGAAUUGCAGAUUCUCUCAAAGUCUUUAAGAAAAAAAGAAAACUUCAUGAGAAUUCUUCUAUUUUUUCUUGGAUCUGUAUUCAUACUUAGCUGUUUUUCCAGUUGGAUAAAAUCCUGACUGGAAAAUGAAAUGAACAUUAAGUCCUUACAAAAAUGAUGCAUCCCUGGGACAAAUAGUACUUGAGGUGCAUGUGCAGUUCUUUACAGUAUUCAGUUUAUUUGAAAGUUUUAGGUAUCUUACAUUUAGAAUAAUAAAAGGACACCUUUCCUUUGAAAGAAUUCACAUAAACAGUAUAGCCAACAGCCCUAGUCUGGUUUCUCUCUGCAUCUACUAUUACCCCACACUUUAGCAUGAAGUAGAAGAUACUUAUAAGGGUUUCAUAUCCUAGACUGGAGUUUUUACCAUCAGAAAGCAUAGCUGCCCUCUUUUGGGUUCAUCAUGAAACAAUCUUUCACCUCUUUUUUUUUUAAAGAUUUUUUAUUUGAGAG